AUGGCCCCGCCCAACGCACGGCGCAAUACGGCCGUCGCCGCCAGCAUCUUCUACUUCAUCACCAUUCCCUUCCUUGUCCUCGUCAUCAUCGGCAACACCUACAACAACAACAUCCUCACCGACAUCUACUUCUUCUCCCUCGACGUCUCCCAGGUCAUCCCCAUCUCCGUCGAGAACUCCAACCUGCUCAACUCGGUCGCCCGGAGCCUGGGUCUGCACGACUUCUACCAGGUCGGCAUCUGGAACUUUUGCGAGGGCUACAACGAUGAAGGCGUCACCCAUUGCUCGCACCCGGAGCAGUUCUACUGGUUCAACCCCGUCGAGGUCCUCGUCAGUGAGCUUCUCGCUGGCGCCCAGAUCGCCCUGCCGUCCGAGGCCAUCACCGUCCUCACUAUCCUCCGAAUUGGCUCCCAGAUCAUGUACGGCUGCUUCAUGGCUGGCAUCUGCAUCAACACUGUCCUUAUGCUCAUGAGCCCGCUUGUCAUCCGCACUCGGUGGUGGAGUUUGGGUCUGUCGUUCCUCAGCGCCAUUGCGGCCAUCGUCGUCAGUCUCGCGGCCAUCAUUGCCACCGUCAUCAGCUUCGCUGCGAAGAUCGCCUUGACGGCUCAGGACCAGUUGAACAUUAAAGCCAAUAUCGGCAUCAAGAUGUUCGUCUUCAUGUGGAUCGCCGCCAUCGCCACCGAUGUCGCCUUCCUGCUGCACGCUGCCAUGGGCUGUUGUUGCCGGCCUGAUCGACACGGAGCUAAUUCAUCCGCUUCACCCGUGUCGGAGAAGAACCCUAUCGUUGCGCUGCCGGCCUUUGUGCGCCGGAGGAGGAGUCAGGCAACUUCAACAUAG